GAGAGAUGCGUUGGGCAUUCAUUCGCAAGGUUUAUGCCCUUGUUUCACUUCAACUGUUUCUCUGUACGGCCGUUGGCGUCGCAAUGUAUCUAAUCCCCGCCGUCAAGACUUUCCUCAACACCACCGGCGGUCUGAUCGCCUUCAUAGCCAUAGUCGUUCUCGUCUUUGUAUUUCUCAUAGCAAUGUAUUGCUACAGCAAGAUUCAUCCUUGGAACUAUGUUCUCUUUUUUCUCUUUACACUCGCCAUGGCUCUCAUGAUUGGAGCGACUUGCACAUAUAAAAAAGGAAUAUAUGUCUUGAUGGCUGCUGGCUUGACGGUUCUUAUAUUUGUCCUGCUUACGCUGUUCACAUUCUGGGCUGCAAAGAGAGGAUGGGAUUUCGAUUUUCUUUAUCCCUUGUUGAUCUCUGGUCUCAUGGUGCUCAUCGUCUUUGGUAUUGUGAAGGUAAACUUGAAUUAUGAUCUGUUCACUUUUUUUUUUUUAACAAAAAGGAGUAUUAUUUGUGUUCUUUUUUUUGUCAACUUUGGAUUUGGGAACACCUCAUAUU